UAAACACACACACUAUCGCAUUCGCAUCACAAACACAGAGUAAACUAAACCCAUUUUAUUUGAUACAUCAAUGGCGGUAUACGUGGAAGAAGAGGAGGUGUGGAAAUGUCCAAAACACCCCUCGAAGCGUAGGCGCAGCGGCAUCUGCCCCACCUGCCUCCGCGAUCGCCUCGGCAACCUCUGCCCCAUCUGCCACAACUCCCGCCCCUGCCCCUGCUCCGCUUCCUCCUCCUCCUCCUCGUCCUCCUCCUCCUUCAGCCGCGUCUCCAACCUCAUCGAAGGCGAGCCCUCCUUCCGCCGCUCCAGAUCCCUCGCCGUCCCCUUCUUCCGCAACACCGCCACCGCCGCAACGCCGUCGUUUUUCUCCUUUUUAAACAGAGGCAAGACGAAGAAGAGCGAGGAGCAGAGUGUGGAAGUGAAAUUGGAGAGCAAUGAUCGGAUUGAAGAUUACGUGAGGAUGGUGUCGAGAUCUAGAUCCGUCAACGCCGGCGGCGCCACGUCGGCGAUGGCGUCGGGGAUGUUCCGCCGACGCGAUGAACCCGGGGCGUCGCCGGCGAGGGGGAAAUUCUGGCGUUUUCCGAGUCCGAUGAAGGUGUUUCGGAGAUCCAAGACGCCAAAGGUUGUCGUUCAAGAUCGAUCAUCGCCUUUUCGGAGAGGUUGAUUUUUAUUUUAUUUCACCUAAUUACUAUUAACAUGUUUUUCUUCAACUACUAAUUAUUGAAAAGUAUAAUAGGAGUAGUAUGUGUGAAUAUCUCUGAAAUAAAGGUUGCUUUGGCUACGUGGGAAUAUGUGUGGAAUGCAGACUAAUUUGUGAUCUGGAUGUCAAAGGAAUACAACUAAUUUUUGAUA